GUCUUCCAGCAAGCCGCCGCGCCGCUCGUGACACUCGGGAGCACGUAGACCGUUUCUUUUGCCGCAGAUCUGAUUGUCGACGUGUUAGCCGUCGACCGUGCGAGGGGGACGGGAGGAGGGACGGCGGCCCGAGAGAGAAGACGGAGCCGGUAACGGUACCAACUAGCUGCGGCUACGGGUAUUGUCGACUUAUCGCCCUGCCUCCCGCUGCUAGCCGAAGUUCCUCAUCUGCCCCUCGACGCGGGACUUGGUAGAAUCAGCUAGCUUAAAAGGCGCCGAGGGGGGUGGAUACAUGUCCGCCUCUCAACCGCCACGACAGGGACAUCUUGCAGUUCAUGUUUCGUCAAGAGGUCGGUGUGACGUCUUUUAUUCCAUCCUGUUCGCAUCUUUUCCAACACGAGAAGAGGAAUAUGUCGAGAUAUAACAUUUACAGCCUGUUGGACUGGAUCUACGGCGGGGUGGACCCGAAGUUUGAGGGCAACGGGGGCCCCGAGUGCGCCGCCUUCAUCUCGCCCCAACAGCGCGUCAGCGAGAGUCUGGUCAUCGUCCUCAUCUCCGUGGUGGAGAUAUGCGUGGCGCUGCAGAAGAUCAACCUCUCCAAAGAGCUCAGGGGGGUGGGGAAGGAGAGCGCGAGGGCGAAGGAGGACAGCAUGGGCAAGAACCUGUUGCUGGUGGCCCUCUGCAUGACUUUUGGAGUGGAGGUCGGGUUCAAGUUCGCGACCAAGACCGUGAUCUAUCUGCUGAACCCCUGCCAUGUCAUGACGAUGGUUCAGAUCUUCCUGCUGGCCUGCCCGCCGUGUAAAACAGCAAUGGUUUUAUUUAGGCUGCAGGUGCACAUGCUGAACGGCGCGUUACUGGCUUUAAUAUUCCCAGUAGUCAACACCAGACUGCUUCCGUUCGAGAAGGAGAUCUACUACAUCCAGCACUCCAUGUUGUACCUGGUGCCCCUUUACCUGUUCAGGAAAGGAGGUGUGUACAAGCCGGAGCCUCUGGGGGACAUGUGGUGGGCACUGCUCUCCACCGGCAUCCUGUUCCUCUACCACUUCCUCUUCCUGCAGGUCCUCGGCUUGGCGACCGAGGUCAACCUGAACAACAUGCUGUGCCCCGCCGUGUCCGACCCCUUCUACGGGCCCUGGUACCGGGUGUGGGCGACGGGCCACCAGACCCUGCUGACCCUCGUGCACGGGAAGGCCCUCACGCUCCUCUCGCACCACACAGGCUCGGCGUGCCGCGGCCUGAAGGACGCGCUCCGAUUGCGCGGCAAGAAGGUCGACUGAAUGUCCGCGAGGACACCACACAGAACUAGCCUUUCAUUCAAAAUGCCUGCUCUUUGAGAUUUUUUUAUUUUAUUUUUCAAACAUUCUAAUGUAUCUUUUAAGACUUACUAUCUGUUUCAAUGAAAGAAGCGAAUAAAUACGCCGUUCUUUUAGUGGUGGUGGCGGAGGCUUGCUUUCACACGCAUGAGCGUUUCAAGCCUGGAAGUUCACAUUGUGCAGUUAGGCGGAUUUAGCCUUUUUUUUAUACAAUUUUAAGAAACAACAGAAGUGACUUUUGGGGAGACUUCUCACGCUGCCUUUUUGUAAAUGUGAAAUUUCAAGGACAGGAUAUCGGAGUCACUCAAAUGUCUAUACUGACCUGCAGUUGUUACUUUUAGUUCUGAACGUCGUAGUCAUGGUCCGGUCUCAAGUGCAUUUUCAAACCGAUUGAAUGUGUGAGCUGUUGUAAAAGUUAUUGCCGGUUUAAUGUUGGAAGAUUUGGUUUGUCAUGAACGAGUACCUCUCAUGACUGAAAAUAACCCAGUAAUUUCAUAAUACGAGUGAGACAUCUCACUCAUAUUACUCAGAGAGCCGGGGUUAUGUAAAUAACCUAGUUAUUUAUGGCGGCCCUCGGUUCCUCUUUCUCCACACAUGUACUGUUAAAGCAAUUUGGCCUCCUGUGCGUUUGUGUCUCCAGGCUGUUUAGAUCAUUCCAGUUGUGAUAAUCAGGGAACAUGAAGAUGUGUUGCGAUAAAUCAGUUCAAUAAACAAAAUGCAUCGGAUGAUCCUUUGAGGUCACCAUUCGCCCGUAUUAACCAGCAUUGGCAAUAUUGAAGUCAUGGUAUAUCAUUUCAAGUGUAUAGGGUGUGUAUUACUGUAUUUCACUAUCAAAAAAGGGAUAAAACAAGCUUUUGUAUUUCUAUUGGUUCCUGUGUAUGUGCUGUAUUUACAAUAAAAGUGGUUACAGUUAACCAAG